AUGGCUUCUUCUUCUUCUUCUUUGCUUUUCUCCGUCUUUAUUCUCUUCUCUAUCCUUUUCUUGGCAUCCUGCUCCAAAGAUAACAUACCUGCCACCAUUACCAUCCCUCUAACCUCAACAUUUACAAGCAAACCCCUUGCCUCUGCAUCCUUGUCCAGAGCCCAUCACUUGAAACAUGGUAAGACCAGCCCUCCGGUGAAAACCUCUCUUUUUCCUCAUAGUUAUGGGGGUCACUCCAUCUCUCUCAGCUUCGGCACUCCUCCACAAAAACUCUCCUUCCUGGUGGACACAGGAAGUGAUGUAGUAUGGGCCCCGUGUACAACUGACUAUACAUGCACCAACUGUUCUUUUUCAGCUGCCGACCCCAAAAAGGUCCCCAUCUUCGAUCCCAAACUUUCGUCGUCUUCUAAGAUCUUAGACUGCAGAAACCCCAAAUGUGUAAGCACUUAUUUCCCAUAUGUUCACCUUGGGUGCCCCCGCUGCAAUGGUAAUUCCAAACAUUGCUCGUACGCUUGUCCAUACAGUACUCAGUAUGGCACAGGAGCAUCAUCCGGGUAUUUUCUAUUAGAAAACCUGAAAUUUCCCCGGAAAACAAUUCGUAAUUUUCUUCUUGGGUGUACAACAUCCGCUGCUCGUGAAUUAUCUUCUGACGCACUUGCGGGGUUCGGUCGCUCAAUGUUCUCGUUGCCGAUACAGAUGGGUGUGAAGAAGUUUGCUUACUGUCUCAAUUCUCACGACUAUGAUGACACCCGGAACAGCGGCAAGUUGAUUUUGGACUACCGCGAUGGCAAAACCAAAGGACUUAGCUACACUCCCUUUCUCAAGAGCCCUCCUGCCUCGGCGUUUUAUUACCACUUGGGUGUCAAAGAUAUCAAGAUCGGCAACAAGCUCCUGAGGAUUCCAAGCAAGUAUCUGGCUCCAGGAUCUGACGGUAGAAGUGGUGUCAUAAUAGAUUCUGGUUACGGUGGCGCCGGAUACAUGACAGGACCAGUUUUUAAGAUAGUGACAAAUGAGUUGAAAAAGCAGAUGUCCAAGUACAGGAGAUCUCUCGAGGCAGAAACCCAGACCGGUCUCACACCUUGUUAUAAUUUCACAGGCCACAAAUCCAUAAAAAUCCCCCCUUUAAUUUACCAAUUUAGAGGUGGCGCAAAUAUGGUGGUGCCAGGAAAGAAUUAUUUUGGGAUUAGUCCUCAGGAAAGCUUGGCUUGUUUCCUCAUGGACACUAAUGGCACCAACGCUUUGGAAAUCACUCCGGAUCCAUCUAUUAUUCUGGGGAAUUCUCAGCAUGUGGAUUAUUAUGUGGAGUAUGACCUCAAAAAUGAUCGUUUUGGCUUCCGACGACAGACUUGCUAGUCUAUGACAUCCAUGCCAAUGGGUGUCGUUGUGUGCCGCCCAGAAAUAGUACAAAAUAAUGGCAACCUAGGAGGACCCUGCAGUAUGGCUAAUAAUGUCAGAGGACGAUGGCAGUUGGAAGAAUACUGCAUACUCUUUAUUACCUACAAGACUGUACUGUUGGAGCACCGGAAAGGCUUUGUGUUUACAUGCUCCGGUGUAAAUAAAAGAAGCUUAGUGAAUAUAAAUUGCGGCGCUUUCGAUUGUA